CAAGGAACGAUUUAGUUUACGGAAGUUUAAUGAAGUGGCUGGUGUGUGAAACUUAAGAUGCUAAUGCCGACCACAGUUGUUGUCAUUAAAUAAGACUGGUUGUAAUAUUUUGAUAUUAACAUUAAUUUAAAAAACCGCCUGCUGCCGCUACAAGAAGCCGAGUGUCCGUGUUUUUUCGGACUUAACUGACGUCCCGGUGAUGCUAACUCAGUUAGCUUCAUAACCAACAACAUGGAACAAGUUCCUCCUCCCGGAUCAAUCGUUGUCGCAGACUGGCAUCGAUGUAAAGACAGUAAAGAAUAUUUCAGCAAGAUCCUUCACAAGAAAAGACGCAAACACUUCGGCCUGUUGGAGUCUCCUGUGAUGCCCCCAAAUGCAGCUGUGGACACAGUUCAUUAUAAGAUCUUCAUCUCUGGAAAGAGUGGAGUUGGGAAAACUGCCCUUGCUGCUCGUCUCACUGGUCUGAAUAUUCCUAAUGUGCACUAUGAAACAACAGGUAUUGAGACGACAGUGGUGUAUUGGCCGGUGAAGCUGAGAGAAAGUGGCAGAGUGCUUUUCUUCCGGCUGCAGCUGUGGGAUUGUGGAGAGAACGCCUUACGAAGAUUUGACCAUUUGCUUCCAUCCUGUAAGGAGCAGGUGGACGCCGUCCUGUUCCUGUUCUCCUUCACUGACAGGACAUCCUUUGACGAUCUGUCAAAUCAAAUUGCGAAGUGGACCGGGCCGUCUGUGGGCCAAGUCGCAAAACUGGUGGUUGGAACCAAAUUUGAUCUCUUCAUGCACUGUGAUGUGGCAGAGAGAGACGUGAGGGAUUUCCAGGAGACCUGGAAUUUACCGCUGCUGCGUAUGGGCGGAGAGGUCAGCGACGGGCUGGGGGACGUAGCCCCCCUCCUCAACUGCCUGGCGGAGCAGCUGUGGCAUCAGGACUGCGUUACAGCCGGAGCGGCCAGCCGCCGCUCACAGCAGGAGACAGUGACUCUACUUUAAACACAGAGCAUUAUUUGUGUGCUUUGCACUCUGCAGCUGGUCUGAGCGAGUCUCAGAUCCCUCACGAUGAGAUGAAGGAAAUCAGUGAAAUAGUUGUUUGUUUUUGGGGGUACUGUGGAGAAGAUCAGGGCCUGUUUUAUCAUUUCAUUUUAGUCUUUGAUUUCUGUAGACAUCGAUCAGGUCAGAAAAUCUUUUAUUUUUCAUUAAUUUGAAAAUAAUGAGCAAACUGCUUAAAAGAGACCAGUAUUUAAUACAAGUAAAAAAAUAGUAUUCCCAGUAAUUAAAAAGUAUCCUCUCA